GAGCUGUUCAAAAUUCAGAUUCUGUUACGAAAGGAUGGUAAUUGGUAUAAUGAGCGAGGAAUACCAUAUCGCAGAGGAUAUUUGUUAUAUGGUCCUCCGGGAAGUGGUAAAAGUAGUUUUAUACAGGCACUCGCUGGUGAAUUAGAAUAUAACAUAUGCAUUUUAAAUUUAAGUGAGAUUGGUUUAACCGAUGAUCGAUUAAAUCAUCUGCUAAGUAAUGCUCCAGAACGUAGCAUAAUGUUAUUGGAAGAUAUUGAUGCUACUUUUACGCAAAAGCGUGAAGCACAGGGUUAUGGUUCAUCGGUGACAUUAAGUGGCUUGCUAAACGCACUAGACGGCGUUGCGGCCUCCGAAGAACGCAUAAUAUUCAUGACAACAAAUUACGUGGAUCGACUUCAACCGGCGCUGAUACGUCCGGGUAGAGUUGAUUUUAAAGAACAUUUGGAUGUGGCAAGUGACUAUCAGAUACGUACGAUGUUUUUGAGAUUUUAUGAGAAUAAAACUGAAUUGGCCGAAAAAUUCGUGGAGAAAGUCAGGGGAAAAGGAAUUAGUACUGCCCAGUUGCAAGGACAUUUUGUAUUUUGGAAGGAUGAUCCAUUAGGAGCUGUUCAAAAUUCAGAUUCUGUUACGAAAGGAUGGUAG